AUACGGUUAAGCUAUUACUGUGGAAUAAACAGCGGUAUAUGUAACAUUAUUGACAAACGCUUUAAAGAGUGAUUUAUCACUGCAGAGGAAUUUGAUAGGACUUAUUUCAGCCGUGAAUUCCUUGGACUUGCAUUAGUCAAACAUUGCAUUACGAGCGGUUCACUUGAAGACCAUCACUUGAAAAGAAACAUUCAAGACUACAUGGUGUGUGCAACGGAGAAUUGCGCUUUUAAAUAAAUUAAAAGAGACAAUUAAAUUCAAAAGACAGCAAGGAUGUUGUUGAGUUCCGUAAAUUUCAUUGCGAAGGGGCGAACAGGAAAGAAAGAUGUUAAACAGGACAAGAAAGUUGUCGAAGACUUAGAAGAUUCUCGGGAAGAUGUCUGUGAAAUGUGCAGAAAGCAGAUUGAGGAAGACAGCACAAUCUUUCAGUUCCCGACCCUCUCCCACAGUGGAUCCAGCAACAGCUAUAAGACAUCAGGAUACUCAUCUGCGGAAAGCCUCGUUUCGGAAGAAAACAAAGGUGACCGCGUCACCAUAGCAACAGGCGAUGAGCUGUGUCUAAGUGUGGACCAGUUCUACUACACCAUCGGCCUUAAAGAGGGGGAGCGCACCGAUAGCACAUGUGUGUUCCGGAAGCAAGUGCUGGACUACACAGAGCAGUCAAAUGGCCACAUCGAGACGGCCGUGUUUGUCCUGGACUGUGACCAAGACUUCUACCUCACGUGCUCCAAGAACAAAAGCCUGGAACUGAAUUAUUACCCAGAAUCGCCUAAACCGGACACGGAAGAUGAGCGAAUGUUUCUGAUAUACUACACAACGUUGGGACACGUGCUCAUUCAACCUAAACAUCACAAAAACACGUACUUACAUCACAUAGAUCACGCUCUGAGUGUCCAGCAACUAGAUUUAAACUGGAGAUGUCCGGAGGAGUACUUUUUCCACUUUAACGCUGUGCCAGAGGACACAUAUCGACAAAAAUCCAAGAGACAAAUCACGUGCUCACACAAAGCUAUGUCGACAGACAACGAAUGCGAAAACGAUACAGACAAUUCUUCCGUCGCAAGAAGGAAUACCAAAAACUCGUUUAAAGUGAAGAAAUCAGAACAGAUGAAAGACAUUCCGGAAAAAUGUAACAGAGUACUUUUACCAACAAGAAAAGUGUGCAAAAAUAAGCAUUCAUUGAAGAGUUUAUUCAUUGGAUGUUUUAGCGGCCGAAGUAACUUGCUUUCACAAUCAGAAGUGUGAUAUUCUAAAGACAUUUACAUUCUACAGAAAUCCAGACAUAUUCUAAAUAGUAUUGCAAUGCCAUGUCAUACAUACUUCAUACACAAUUAUGUCCGUCCAUGAAUAUGCUAUUGUUUGUUGAUGUGUUUUCGUUAAGGCGGCGUAACGUAGAUGGUUUUUGAGAAGAUUCUGGAAUAAUAAUGUUAAGAGAAUGCAAAAUUCAAAUAUGUUGCUGUGUACUUAAGAUGACUUAUUUACUGAUUAAUUAAUUAAUUAAUUAAUUUAUUUAUUUAUUUAUUUAUUUAUUUAUUUAUUUAUUUAUUUAUUUAUUUAUUUAUUUAUUUAUUUAUUUAUUUAUUUAUUAUCUAUUGUCCAUAAGGUGUAAACAUAUUUAAAACAAACUCUCAUCAUUAUGUUGAGAGUAAGCGAUCUUGUAGCCGAAACUAACAACAAAAAAAACGUACGACCACGUUUUGUGGGUAUUUGUUUGUAAUGUUCUGUUGUGAUGGGAUUCACGUCAUUCAUAGCAUUUUGUUCCUAAUGGAUGGGUUCGAGUAUUUCAAUUCAAUUCAACUCAGUUGAAAACGCUUGACUGAAUAUUCGAUAUGACCUCAUUUGUUAGAAAAAAACUCAAUUAGUUAUAACGUUAGGUUUCGGACGGUUCAAGUCCUAAUACGGCUUGUUGGGCCCUUUGAAAAAUACAACGAACCCAUUCAAGUGAGCAUUAACUAUUACUCAUCAGGCAAUCUUGGUUGUGUUCUAACGAGGGCUAGGAAAUCGUAUUUAUUUCUAACAAGCAUCGCGGGUCUGUAACAAAUGGCCGAGUUGCGUGCAACAUGCCAUGAAUUGGAAUAUUGUUCUACUUUUACUAACAUUAUCUUGGAAUAUAAAGGAUUCUUCUUUUUCGUCUUGACUGACUUUAGGAUGUUAUGAAUUAUGUUCACUAAGCACACUUUAUGUGUUUGUUUCAGAGCAUACAUAAUGUUCAUUUAAAGUUGCAAGUAUAACCUGUUUUUGGACGACCGCUAUUUACAUUAUGUUGGUAAGAGAUAUUGUCCUGCAUUUCCUAGCUAUUUCUAUAUGUGAACUAUUAGUAUUAAUAAUACGUACUAAUAUUUCGAAAAUAGUGCUAAAAUCUAGUCAUUUGGUGCCUAUACCUGGUGCCCCUGUGUAAAGAGAUUGUCAACUAUUGGAUAGACAUAGUUGAUAUUAUGUUUAUAAUGUAUAUCUGUAUGAGCAGAAUUUCAUAUGUAUAUUUGAUAGUUGUUAUGUUUAUGCAUUUGUCACAGGGAUCAUUAUUUAUUGAGUAUAUAUUGAAAUAUGAAGAAUAUGUUUCGUAUGAAAUGUUGUACUGCGAAUAAAAAGCCAGUGAAAAUUC